UAGGACACACUUUCCCUCCAAUGCUCAUUAGCCUGCCAUUCCAGUUGGUAUUGUUUUGUUUGUUGUGUUUGCUUUUUUUAAUGUUUCUGCCUUCUUGGUCAGAUACUUCCAUUUCCACCACUCACUCACUCCAGCCUAACUAGUGACUAGUGACUGACUACUACCCAAAGUUCCAACCCAAGCACACCAUUAACAAAAGGCUCUUCCUUUUACUCAUCAGUUUCACACACACUCUUCACUCACCCACCCCACUUUAAUUCAAAACCUCCAAUUUUUAUUCUUUAUUUUUUCUCAACCCAGGUUCCAACUCUCACUCUUUGUCUUUUCUUCCCUCUCUUUUCCCCCUUUUUCCACUUCCUGCACUCUCCUGUCAAAACCCUAGAUUUCAAAUCUGGGGUUUUGUUUUCUCAAUGUGUUGCAGAGACAUGAUUCUGAGCACUGCCAGCUUGCAAGUCUGAAUUUUUUGUCUGGAAUCCAAGCUUCUGAUGUUCCAGCAUUUUUUAUUUCUAUAUAUUUCCAUGGUGACACUGGUUUGAGUUCUAAAGCUUACUCCUUUCUAAUUGGUAGGAGUUUUGAUCUUUGGUGUGGUGCUUUUUCUAAUUGGUAGGAGUUUUGAUCUUUGGUGUGGUGCUUAGAUUUGUGUAGGUGAUUUUGAUUUUUAACAUAGUUGCAUAGGUGCCAGAAAGUUAGUAUAUUUAUUACAAAUUUCUGGUGAAUGCAUGGAUGGGAGAGAAGCUAUGGCAUUUUCUGGUGGCUCUGCAUAUUUCAUGCAUAGAGGAGGGGUCCCAGGGUCUGGCUCUGGGACUCAGGUAGGAGGAGGAGGAGGUGGGGGGUUUCAAGGACCCCCUGGAUUCAGAGCGUUGUCGUCGAACCCUGGCAUUCAAGCUCAGUCAAAUGCCAGGGUUCAGGGUGGCUCUGUUGGUCCUAGUCCAACAUUUUCAGUGGAGCCUCAGGUUCGUGCCGAUUUUAAUCGCGGCAGUAUCAUUGGUGCCUCUUCUGGGACACCUUCGAGUGAGCCUGUGAAAAAGAAAAGAGGGAGACCUCGUAAAUACGGUCCUGAUGGACCAGGACCAGUUUCUUUGAAACUGUCUCCAAUGUCUGCCCCUGCUAAUCCUAACCAGGGUUCGACCACAUCGUCUGAGAAACGCGGUAGAGGCCGCCCACCUGGAUCUGGAAGGAAGCAACAGCUAGCCCUUUUAGGUGAUUGGAUGAAUAGUUCAGCAGGGGUGGCUUUUUCUCCACAUGUUAUCACCAUUGCUGUUGGGGAGGACAUUGUAGCGAAGUUAUUGUCAUUAUCACAGCAGAGACCAAGGGCACUUUGCAUCUUAUCGGGCACUGGAACAGUUUCUUCAGUUACUCUCCGACAGCCUGCUUCCACCAAUACCAGUGUAACUUUUGAGGGGCGAUUCCAAAUAUUAUGCUUGUCUGGUUCUUACUUGGUGUCUGAAGAUGGAGGACCCUCAAACAGAACAGGUGGCAUAAGUGUUUCUCUUUCUAGCCCUGAAGGUCAUGUUAUUGGUGGUGGUGCUGCUACGCUUAUUGCUGGAAGUCCAGUGCAGGUGGUAUUGGGCAGUUUUGUGUAUGGUGGUGGCUCUAAGACAAAGACCAAGCAAGAGGCCACUGACAGAGAUGAAAGUUCUGAGCCUCUUCAGCACAGUGACAAGUUACCUUCUCCAGCCAGUGCCCCACCUAGUCAAAACUACAUCUCCCCUGCAACCGGCAUUUGGCCUGGAUCGCGACCACCGGACCUGAAAAGCGUGCAUGCACACACUGGCAUCGACUUGACACGUGGCUGAAAUUUUAUUCUGGAAGCAGUGUUGUAUAUACCUGUUGUUGUAAAUUUACUUUAGUUUGUGAGCAUUGUGGCUUUGCUUGUUAUCCCCAUUGUUGGGUGACAAGUUUCCAUUCACAUGCUGAAACAAAUGAAUCAUUCAGCAUUAAUGACUAUUCUUGACUCAUUCAAAAAAUGUCUGGUUAGAUGUUAGUGAUUUACAUUGUCUCAAUUUGAUUUCAAUGAAUUAGGGAUUUACAUUGUCUCAA